CCUUCCGGGCCACCGUGGUCGGGGCCUUCCGGACCACCAUGGUCAGGAGGACCGCCGCCAGUGUGGUCGGGGCCUCCCGGGUGUGGACCUGCUGGGUGUGGACCUGUGGGGGGUCGGGGCCGUCUGUUGGAAGAACACCGGAGGCGUGUGGCAAGUUGGUUCGGGUUCGGUGGGAAGCGAUUGCGCGGUCUGGUAACAUGGACUUGGAGUAGCGAGGACCUGGCUCGGUUUCUUUCGGCGGUGGGCUUGCCGGAUGUGGCGUUGUCGGUGGUGCGGUCUGGUUUGUGUGGUGUAGAUUUGUUGCAUCUGACUCGCGAAGAGUUGGAAGCCGUUUUGUGUGUGACGGAGGAGCACAAGCUCGAGUUCCUUUUGGCUGCUUUCCGGACUCUUGUUAUUGCCACUGAUGACACCGAUAUGCUUUUCCCACUUGGACCUACCCGUACACCCCGCGAUUGCGAAGUCUUUCAGUCGCCCGACUUCAUGCUCAAGAAAAAACUCGGCGUCGGAGGACACGCUGUGGUCUACCAAGCUUGCCUCGAAGGCCAGCACGACGUCGCCAUCAAAUGCUUCCCCCACUACAAAAACAAAACCGCUGUGCCGUGCGGCCCUCUACCGUGUGCAGCCGGUCCCUUGACCGGUUCCUUGCUUGGCGGACCGAACGAGGUCAACGGUUCCUUGCUGGACACACCCCACGAAAACAUCAACAAAAUUCCAAGCCAUACUCCCUCCCGGGCUUCUCUCAGUCGAACCUCUUGCAGCCGAGCAUCUCCAGUUCAAGCUUCUCUCAGCCGAACGUCCCUUAGCCGAGCUUCUCCCACUCAAGCACCUCUCAGCCGAGCGUCCCUUGGGGGAGCGUGUCUCAGUCGUGCUUCUCCCACUGAAACUUGCCUCAGCCAAACCAGUCAGGUAAUAACCCCGCGCGGGGUCACUACUCGUGGACUUAGUCCAAACAGGCUUAGUCCAAAGGACGUUGCGCGUGGUGUUGCAGGGUUGGGUGACAUCGACGGGCGAAGAGGUGCGGAUGAGGCUGUCGGAGUAUUCGGACCGCAACCCCCGACCGCGGGUCCCGAUCGUGGGUCCGUGUUGGCUGUGGGCAGUCUGGUCCGGAGUGGCAGUCCGGCGGCCUCGUCGGGGACGUUACGGCCUUCGUCGCCGCGUGACCGGAGUGCCAGUGAAAGCACAGGUGCUGGAUCUGCGGCAACAGGAUCGGUCGCGGCCGGGUCCGAUAAGUCGGUCGCGGCGGGACUGACCGAUCGGGUGGCGGGCACACUCAAGUCAUUCAGGCGCUGGAUCAGAGGCAACUCGGACAAGCUGCCCGCGAUCGUGCUGAACUCGCCCGAACCCGUCCUUCGACCGGGCGCUAACGCCUGUCCUGCGAGUGCUCUCUUUUGUCCCCGCAGCUCCGGGGAACGCGCCCGCGACAGGGAGCUCCUCGUUCUCCAGAGCCUGCCCCUUAGCCCCUAUCUUCUCAGGUGUUUUGGUCAAGUGGGCGGUUCGAUUACGGGACUGGUCUUGGAGUACUGUCAGCGCGGCGCAAUCCACGACGCAGUGAUGCCGCAUACCUCGACGUCAGGCGCGGCGCUGGAGACGGUGCCGAGUCGGAAGCAGCUGGUGCAUCAUUUUGCGGACGUGGCGGAAGGUCUGGCGCUACUCCACGAGACGGGCUACGUCCACAGGGACAUCAAACCCUCUAAUUUUCUGGUCGACGCGGAAGGCGUCGCUAAGUUGUCCGAUUUUGGAAUGGCUGCUCACUAUCGCGGAAUGAAUCCGGUGUACUUGUCUUCAUUUGGUAAUAUGUAUUACGCCGCUCCCGAGGUCUUGAAAGGUGAAGGCUUUUGGCCGGCGUCGGACGUGUUCUCCUUCGGGGUUUCCUUUUGGGAAGCGCUGACGCGGACAGGUUCCUACCCCGGCAUGACCAAGGGGCAGAUAUUCUGCGCGGUAUGCACCGACAGCUACAGCGAGAUCUUUAGCGAUCGCUUCCACGAAAUGGAUCACGAACUAGUGGACCUGAUCAAGCGGACAUUGGUCUACGAUCAUAAAAAGAGACCCACCAGCAGAUGCGUUGCCAAUACUCUCAAAGAUAUCCUAAGACGCAACUCUGCUGUCGCACUUAGCAGAAUACAGUCGCUAUUCGAUAUAUAA